AAACAAUAGUUUUAAAUCGGGUACCUCGUGUUUAUUUAAUUAAGAAAUGGUAUUCAGCGUAUUUAUUGUUUAAAUAACAUAAGAUAUGUCGGGUUUCCUAGAUGUCAAAUAUCCCUUUAAGUCGAAUCUCGGCCUAAAUCCUUUUAAGACGUGGAAGAGGCAAUGGUGCAUAUUGAGGCCGAGCCCGACGUGUGCGGGCGGCGGGUCGCUGGCGGUAUACUGCAGUGAGGCGGGGGCGUCGGCAGGAGCGGUGGAAUUGCCUCCAGACAGCGUGGUACGGCGGGCGAAGUCCCGUAGUCGGCCGUUCGCUUUUGCCGUGUUCUCGGAGCUAGAACCGCAUAAACCGCGCAUCCUGCUCGCGGCACAGACCCUGCAGGAUGCCCAGAUCUGGAUGGACAAGAUCAGAGCCCUCUUGGACGGCAAACAAUUACUAGGCUCUUCCCGCGACUCAUUCUCAGUCACCAUUGCCAGCAGCGCUCUAUCCCGCAAGCUGCUACUCUGUGGCGACGGUCAGCUCACAAUCACCACUGAAGGCGUCGUCAUCGCUCGCUCUCACGCCAUCCCUACGCUCGUACCGUGGAAACACAUCAGUGAUGUGACCAUGAGUGAUGAUAAAACUAGCAUUGUGGUCGGAGUCAAUAGGUUUGUGGAUUUUCUUGUGCACUUGGGCCUUGACUCGGUAUUGAAUUUGUGCAAUAUUUAUUAUUUAUUUAUUUAUUGUCACUUAGCAACUAUCCUUACAGGUAACCCUAAUACAAUAGUGCCAAUUCAUAGUUAUUUACAUAAUCAUAUCAGCAAACCUUAUAUAACAAUUACAUCAAAUUAUAACAUAUAACAUUUAAACACACUUUUACGAAUUCGGACAUUGGACAACUAAACAAGUCAGUCUGAUCAGCCACUAAAUUCAGUGUACGGGCGGUGCGACUGAGAGGCGCCUUACGAAGCAGGUUGGUUCUGCCGAUCGGUUCCACCAGCAGCUGCGGCCGCCGCCUGCGCUCCACGUAGCCAUUGGGCACGUACAGAUUCAUCUGCUGUAAGAUCCCCGGGUUGUGAAUACUGCCGCGAAGGAUCUUCACCACGUAGCAUGCGAGUGACAGAUCCCUCCGAGUUUCUAAUUUGUUAUAGCCCACCAUACCUAUAACGAACAACGUGGGAUACAUAAGCAGAUAGAAAGGAUACACUCCGUACAGUUUCAAGUAGAUGUACCUCAUAAACUUAUUUUGUAUCCCUUCUAUCAUUAUUCUGUACUUCGUCUCAUGUGGGGCCCAGAUUGCAGCAUUGAGUAUUACAACCAAAAUAAGAAAAAAUACUGCGUACUGCACAAAUUUCGUCCUGUCAAUUCUUUAUGGCUUUAGGUUUGGGUUUGCAUUGCAC